UGACGUUUUCAAUCUUUUUGUUUUGUUUGGAUGUCGCAAAACAGUAAAAACUGCGUACAUCUCACUUGAAAUUCGCAUUAUUUUAAAGUUUUUCUGCCGAUCAAACGUAAGUUUUUUCGUUAAAUACCAUGGGAUGUGAUGGAGGAACCAUUCCCCGGCGGGACGAGUUAGUUCGUUUGAAGAAAAAACCGGAACAGAAAGACAAAGAUGCGGAGAGGCAAUUCCGGUGGAAGCACUGUAACCUGACCCAGGAACGUCUGCGGCAGCCGAUCGUAAUGUGCGGUUUGGGAAGACUGUACUCCAAGCAGAACGUCAUCGAGCACCUACUGGAAGGCAAAAUGCCCGACUCCUGUGCUCACAUCAAAUCCCUCAAGGACAUCAAGGAUCUGAACCUGACGGCCAAUCCGGCCUACGAGGAAGCGCAGGACGACAAGAAUGCGCAGUAUAUUUGCGCCCUGAUCGGGCUGGAAAUGAGCGGGCAGUUCCGCUUCGUUGCCCUCUGGAAGUGCGGCUGUGUUUUCUCGGAACGUGCAUUAAAGGAAGUCAAGGACAAGAAUUGUUCGGUUUGUCUCACCCCAUUCUCGGAGGAAGACGUUGUAAUUCUGAACGGUACAGAAGAGGACAUGGAUCUGAUGCGGACUCGCAUGGAAGCUAGAGUAGCGCGAUUGAAGGCCGAAAAGAAAGCAAAGGCAGACAAAAAAGCCAAAUCGAAAGAAGCUACCACUACCGCUACAGUUACAAGUAGCAGCGAGAAAGAUGCCGUGGAAGCUGGACCCUCGAAACCAGUAACGGGAGGAAAGCCGGGAAGUGCAUCACUCAAACCAAUCAUUCCCAAUAAAAGGGCCCUCAUCAGUGACAAGAUUGGAGACGAUCCGACGUUUAAAAAGUCGAAACAGGAUUACAGCGUGGCAAAGGAUCCCAAAGCUACCGCAGUCUACAAGUCCCUGUUCACUAGUCACGACAGUGAGAAGGACCAGAAAAGGGCGCACUGGGUUACUUAUAAUCCUUUUUAUAAUUGAAUACAUAAUUGACACAUUAUUGGAUUUGAAACUUAAUAAUUUUUAGUAAUGGUUAUUAUGUACCUACCUCUUUGCGAAAUCACAUUUCUGAAAAAUAUAUUUUUUUCACAUCUUAUGAUUAGGGCACAUAAUAAUGUAAGGGAUUUACACUUAUUUUAACAUUGGUUCAGAAAUAAAGAAUGAUACAAAAAUUA